AUGGCCCUCAACCUCUUUACACGCCUACUCAGGCUGCCAGUCGCCGCGCGCCCCAACUUCGCCGCCCUCAACACCACUCUCCGUACACCGAUCGCCUCAUCACCACGCACAUUCAGCACGUCGUCACCAUUCUCGGCCACUUACAACCAAGUCAUGCGCGGCUGCCGUGUCGCGCAAAGAGCACGUAAACCUACAUCGCCGCAACUGAAGGAUCGACCGGAGAUGAAGGGUGUAUGUGUGCGUGUUGGUAUUACUAAGCCCAAGAAGCCCAAUUCUGGAGAGCGCAAGGUCGCAAGAGUGAGAUUGAGUAACGGAAGAGUCGUUACUGCCUAUAUUCCUGGUGAAGGUCACAAUGUCCAGCAGCAUUCUGUUGUCUUGGUCCGCGGUGGUCGUUCCCAGGAUUGUCCCGGUGUCAAGUACCAUCUCGUCAGAGGUGCCUUGGAUCUGGGUGGUGUCGGUAACAGAAUCACCUCGCGAUCCAAGUAUGGUACCAAGAAACCCAAGGCUGCCUAA